GUGACAGCGGGAUCUAUAGUUGUCCCUUACGGGCAUGUGAUUGGAAAUGAGAAGUGGAGAGGGUCAGAGCUAGCCCAAAGGCUACAAGGGUGUAGCUGCUACUGAAGGAGGAUUUUAAAGGAGGUCUGAUGACAACAAAGGCAAACUUUCCUGUGACAGCGGGAUCUAUAGUUGUCCCUUACGGGCAUGUGAUUGGAAAUGAGAGGUGGAGAGGGUCAGAGCUAGCCCAAAGGCUACAAGGGAAAGUUAGAGUCAUCUUUGAAGAUGCCUUGGGACUGGUGGACUUUCAUCUUUCAAACAGAACUUGCAUUUUACUUAUUUCCGAAGCAGAUUUGGUUGCAGGGGAUGAAUUCAAACGAAGAUUGGUUAGGUUUAGAAAUGCCAGCAGUCUUAGGGGAAUUGUAAUCGUAGAGAAAACCCCAAUCAGUGGUCAGUACUACCUAGGAGUACAAAAACUUGUUGUACUCGAACUUGGAAUGGUGUUGCUUCCUGUGGCCAAUCAAGGAGAAGCUUCUCAGCUUAUUAUUCAACUAGUGCGGGAGCAGAGCAGGGAUGGCGGCGCCAACCCCUUCCUUGGCAAGCGGCGCGCUCAGCUGGCAGGAGCCGCAGUGCUCCAGGCGGUGCAGCACAUCCCCGGCGUUGGCAAAGCAAAAGCUCUGCUCUUACUGCAGCGCUUUGGAAGCGUCCAUCGGCUUUGUAACGCGGCCAUCCACGAGCUUGAGCAAGCGCUUGGACAAGCAGUAGCACAACAAAUUUAUACUUUUUUGCAUUCCUGACGUGCACGUGCAGUGGUAUUUUGCAAAACUUGGGUUUUUUCUUCUGAAUGAUAAAAGUUUGGUUUUAAUAUUAAAUCAGAAGAUGCUGAUUUCUGUAAUCAUGGCUAGCAGCAACUGGACUCUGAUGCUUCUUUUUUAACAUCUGCUCUGUUCAUAUAGAUUAAGCUGUGCAAAUUGCCUUGGACAGAAGUCUGUAUUUUGCAUCUAUCUGGAACAAAUAAAAACCAAGCAAGCUGUCUUUUUCAA